GUGUCGAGGAGCCGGCGGAUUAGGACGACCGCAUAGUACAGAUGGGAGUGGGAGUGGGGGGGCCUCCGUGGGGAGCCAGCGUGGAUCGAGUGCGGGGGCCGGAUUCCCCGCCCCCUCCGGGCGACAGACUCCGCGGCGAUUUAAAGGUGCUUGGUGGCGGUAGGGGGGUCCAGCUGGAAAAUGUCAUCCCAGUCAGUGUGACAUCACCACAUUCUAGUGUGAUACCCCCAGAGAUUGGGCAGUGCCUACCCGGGAAGCCCCCCUGCUGGUGAGGAAUUACUUCAGUUUAGGCUCUAACGUUUCGUUGCCAUCUAGAGACUUUCUGGCAGAGUGGCAACCGUGUACGGGAUCUGGAAGCCUCCACGUACAUCAGGAGCCCCUUAGGAGACUCUCCCGCUGCCGGCCAUAGGAACCUGUGUUUGCAUUAGGAGGUGAGAAGGAACCGCUGUGCUCAGGACCCAGUCCCUCAAAACGUGCAGACCUUCACAGAAGAAAUUCUUUUGUUCCUGCUUCUCUUUUUUGCUGAGACAAAGGAAUGAAGACACCAGACUUGGAGCUGCCAAAGCCAUCUUGUGACCAUAAAUGUGACAGCAAACAAAGAUGAAGACAGUCAACAUGCUGAGGACAGCAAAGGAGACAGAUGGAAAGAGGGGUCCUUGACGACAGAGAGGCAGGACAUGGCUCUCACCAACCUCCAAGGCCCGGAUCCACUCCUUAGGUACCUGAGGAAAAAGUUGGUCAUUCUAGUAAACACAGAAUCUCCUCGUUGAUACUGCCCUGGAUCAGGAACUAACCCUUUACCGGAAUCAGGGGAAGCAGACGACAUCCUAAGCCACCCUGGAGCAGAAGCUGAAACUUCCCAAGUGGGCCAACCAAGAAGCCACAUUCCCAUUCUGGGCUAAAGGCGCAUUUCUGGGUUCGAACAACUCCCGCAUUUGUAAAAAUCAGUCCUCCUGGCCCCUACUCUGGAGUCCGAGGCUGUGACAGAUCGGAAAUCCCACCCAAUGCUCGACCCAGCUCUCGGAGGACUCCGGCCCCCCGUACCUGUAGGUGACGAUGCACGAGGUUCCCCCGUCAGGGCUAGGAGGAGCCCGCGAGUUACCUAGGGGUCUGUGGGGCUGCCCCGUGGCCGUUGAAGAUGCCGUACCUUGGCUCCGAGGACGUGGUGAAGGAGCUGAAGAAAGCUCUGUGUAACCCUCACGUUCAGGCGGAUAGGCUGCGCUACCGGAAUGUCAUCCAGCGAGUGAUUAGGCACAUGACUCAGGGCUUGGACAUGUCUGGUGUUUUCAUGGAAAUGGUGAAGGCCAGUGCCACCGUAGAUAUUGUUCAGAAGAAGUUGGUUUAUCUGUACAUGUGUACAUAUGCCCCCCUGAAACCAGAUCUGGCUCUCUUGGCCAUUAAUACGUUGUGCAAAGACUGUUCGGAUCCCAAUCCAAUGGUUCGAGGGCUGGCGUUACGGAGCAUGUGUAGCCUCAGGAUGCCUGGUGUGCAGGAAUAUAUCCAACAGCCUAUUCUCAAUGGUCUGCGAGAUAAAGCUUCAUACGUCAGAAGGGUGGCAGUCCUUGGUUGUGCCAAGAUGCAUAAUCUUCAUGGAGAUUCUGAAGUGGACGGUGCUCUGGUAAAUGAAUUAUACAGUUUGCUGCGUGACCAGGAUCCAAUUGUGGUUGUGAACUGCCUGAGGUCUCUAGAGGAAAUUCUGAAACAGGAAGGAGGUGUUGUCAUCAACAAGCCCAUCGCCCACCAUCUCUUAAAUCGAAUGCCAAAACUGGACCAAUGGGGCCAGGCUGAAGUAUUGAACUUUCUGCUACGCUAUCAACCGCGCAGUGAGGAGGAGCUGUUUGACAUUCUCAAUCUGUUAGAUAGCUUUCUCAAGAGCAGUAGCCCUGGUGUGGUGAUGGGAGCCACGAAACUCUUUCUGAUCUUGGCAAAAAAAUUCCCCCAUGUACAAACUGAUGUGCUUGUGCAAGUCAAGGGCCCUUUGCUGGCUGCAUGUUCUUCAGAGAGCCGCGAGCUCUGUUUUGCUGCCCUGUGUCAUGUGCGUCAGAUCUUGCAUAGUUUGCCCGGUCACUUUAGCAGCCACUACAAAAAGUUUUUUUGCUCCUACUCGGAGCCCCACUACAUCAAGCUGCAGAAGGUGGAGGUGCUCUGCGAGCUGGUGAACGAUGAGAACGUACAGCAGGUGCUAGAGGAGCUCCGAGGGUACUGCACUGACGUGUCAGCCGACUUUGCCCAGGCUGCCAUCUUUGCCAUAGGUGGUAUUGCCCGGACCUACACAGAUCAGUGCGUGCAGAUUCUAACAGAGUUGCUGGGGCUUCGGCAAGAGCACAUUACCACAGUGGUGGUGCAAACUUUCCGAGACCUGGUUUGGUUGUGUCCUCAGUGUACGGAAGCUGUGUGUCAGGCCCUGCCCGGCUGUGAGGAGAACAUUCAAGACAGCGAGGGGAAACAGGCACUUAUUUGGCUCCUUGGCGUCCAUGGGGAAAGAAUCCCCAAUGCUCCCUAUGUGUUGGAAGACUUUGUGGAGAAUGUGAAGUCAGAGACCUUUCCAGCUGUGAAGAUGGAGCUACUCACUGCACUGCUGCGCCUUUUCCUCUCCCGACCUGCCGAGUGCCAGGACAUGCUGGGGCGUCUGUUACAUUACUGCAUAGAGGAAGAAAAGGAUAUGGCAGUACGAGACCGGGGUCUCUUUUAUUAUCGACUUCUCUUAGCUGGCAUUGAUGAAGUGAAGCGGAUCCUGUGUAGCCCUAAAUCUGACCCUUCUCUCGGACUUUUGGAGGAUCAGGCAGAAAGACCUGUGAAUAGCUGGGCCUCAGACUUCAACACGCUGGUUCCAGUCUAUGGCAAAGCCCGCUGGGCAACCAUCUCUAAAUACCAGGGGGCGGAGCGUUGGGGCCCAGAGCUUCCUAACACUGCAUCCUUUGCCACUCCAGGUCCCCUGAUUCCUGAAGAGAGCAAGGAGACAGUACAGGAACUUCCUGAUUCUGACGCCCUCAUGCUAGUCCCCAGUUGCCAGCUGACUGCUGAGUAUUUUGAGAAGACUUGGUUUAGCCUGAAAGUUGCUCAUCAGCAAGUGUUCCCUUGGCGGGGAGCCGUCCAUCCUGACACCCUCCAGAUGGCCCUGCAGGUAGUGAACAUCCAGACCAUCGCAAUGAGUAGGGCGGGGGCUCACCCGUGGAAGGCCUACCUCGGUGCCCAGGAUGACACUGGCUGCCUGUUCCUAACGGAACUGCUCUUGGAGCCCGAGAGCUCAGAAAUGCAGAUCUCUGUGAAACAAAAUGAGCCGAGGACUGAGACCCUGAACAGUUUUAUUUCUGUAUUAGAAACUGUGCUUGGAACAAUUGGAGACAUAAAAUCAUAACAGAUUCUUGCUGCCUGUUCUAAGUGAGAUGAGUAGCUAUCAGAGUUCCUAGUUUUUCUUACUAGAAUUUGCUUGUAAGUCCAGAUACUAUCAAAUGCAAAGGAGAAUGGACAGUCUCAGAAUCAGGAUUCUUAUGUUUUUGUUCAAAGAUUAUUGACUUAUUCCUGUAAUACCUAUAGGUGAAUGACCCCAUUUUCCAGGUGAUGUUGAAAAGGUUAAUAUUGGAAAGGGGAUGGGGAGGGGGUGAGGAUAGGAAUUGGAUUCUUUUCUAAUCCGUUUUAGGGAUUGUUUUACUAAUUAAAGAUGCCUGAUGUUUAUGGAAA